UAUCCUAGCUGGAUUCACACCGAGAGCGUUUACAGUGAAGUAACCUUUCAUACGAAUAGUUCCCUUACUAUUUGCUUGAAAAGUUGGGAUAACUUUGCGGCCAAAUGUGUGCAAUCUCACAAAAGGCUGCCUGGCGAAAUCUCCGCGAAGAUCAUAGACUCGUUUGAGGCACGCGAUAAGACUUCGUUAAAAUUUCUAGCUUUAAGCAUGCAUUAUGCUACGGGCAUCUACAAUGAAAUGUUGUGUUUUGAUUAAAGGAAAGCGAGGCAAGUAUGGAUUGCCACUGUACUCUUUCUGUGGUGAUGGACAAUGCUGAAGCAGGGCUUCUUCUAGUGCGCGCUUUUUGUGGAGAAAGAAUCGAGAUGAUGUGGCAGCGAGCACAUGUGAGAUGAGAUAAACUAAAUAUGUUGGAUCGGCAUUUGCACCGCAAGACUCCAGCGCUCCUCGGUGUUUUGUCGUCCUAUCAUGGCUCUGCGAUCACUAUUGAAGACCUGUGUCAAGCGACGUUCUGUGGUGACUUUCUUGGCUGUCUUCACCCUGUCUGUGGUCUUGAUCAACACCAUUCCCCUUUUUCCCAAGGAGACGAUGAGACUCCCCCCACGCGGCCUGAAGGUGACCAUCAAGAAGAGGUUUCCUGAGGGAAUAGAAAACACUGUGCUUGAUUAUCCUCUAGCUCUCAGUGGACACAGUGGGACUUGGAAACACAGCCACUUAGAGAAGAAUGCUAAGCACAUCUUUCUGACUUACCACCAAAAACAGAGAGGUGUUGGUGUAAGCAAAGAUAUUGGCAAUAAAAAAAUACAUCUAGAUUCUAUAGAAGAGUUUGCUCCAGCAAAGACCAAAGAGAGGCUCUCAAACAGAGGAAAAACUCACUCUCUUCGCUCAACCUUUCUAGAGAAUAAGUUAGUCAGUGGAAACAAAGCUAUCCUCGUGAAACAGCCCCUAUCACAUUCCAUAAAAUCCCCAGUCAUCUCCCAGACCGCUGCAACAGAAGAGGACAGCCCUAAAAGCACUAAGGAGUGUAAGCAGAAAAGCAGCCAGGGUGGAGGUGGCCAUGCCAGUGUGGCCGUGGGAGAGCCAGAGGUAGCACAGCAGACCGUAAGAGAGCUCUCGGGAGAGGAAACUACACGUGAAGGAAAUGAACAAGGCUUCUGGGAGAGACUGCCACAUUCCUUAACUGGAAAAGAAAGCAUACCAAGAGAACAGAUGGAGGGGGGGAAGUCUGGUCUGUGCCAGAUAUCAAAUGACAACUGGAACGAGAGCACACCUGAGUCCCUGCCAUGGCUAAGCACCGAUGAUGUGAAGAAGUUGGCAUUUCUCUCCGGCACCGCAGUUCUCAACAAGGCCAGGAUUCCAGGACAUGGCCAGGUGCUUCAGGUAGCCCUGGGGGCCCUGGCGGCCGGAGACACGGACACAGUGCUCAACCACAAGCAGCACUGUCAGUUGGGUUUAUGUGCCCUAAUCAAGCGUCCUAGCGACUGGUUUGAGGUGUUGGCUUUUCACCUGGACAGGGUCCUUGGACUUAACAGAAGCCUUCCAUCAGCGCUCAGGAACUUCAAAAGCAAACUGCUUCCUUACAGGUAUAUCAGUGGCACUGCUAGACCAAUUGUUUGGUGGGAUCCUGGCAUUCAACACCUGGUGGAAAUGGACAAUGAUCAAAACUCCUUCCCCCUCUCCUGGCCACAGUACCAGAAGGUGCUCCAGAGUAGGUGUGGGGCAGGAGUGUCCCUGAACGUCACCCCAUGUGUGGGGGUGCACCACUCAGAGUGGGGCCGCCUGGCACUCUUCGACUUCUUGCUACAGGUAAGAUGGCAAGUAUCAUUUCUUACAUUUCGUUUUUUUUUUAUUUCGACAACAUUUCAACAAGAAGACUCAUUGCCGGUUUAUAGUCUCGGAUGUCCAUCCUAAAACAUAACAACAGCAUAAAAGGAUGUUAUAGUAUGCAAUAUAGUCUAGCUGGGGGAGGACAAUGCAGACAGUGCCAUCGAAAGCCUACUUUGAAAACAAGGAAAAAUUGAAGGAUAGAAGUACCGGAAUAUUCCUGAUAA